AUGUUUGUUGUUGACUUGUUGAUUGGAUUUAAAGGAGUAGAAGCUAUCAAUACUGACAGAGAAGAAGAAUCAAAACAAUUUAUAGCAACAGCUCGUACUCGAUUCAACCUUACCUCAUUCAAAGAUAUCUAUGAGAAUAGUAUAUCUGAUCAUCAGGUGAUACUAGGCAACCAAGAUGACUAUCCUCAAUGGAUACAACAACGAAUCUAUUGUGCAGACAACAAUCGAGCUGAUAAAAGUGGUAUCACAACCGUAAUGGCAACAGAUGAUUACCCGUUACCAUCACUAGAGACACUCUACGACAUACCAUCAAUCGAGACAUUAUUAUUGAUGAAUCAAUUCGUUGUUGAUCUUGGCUCCAUCUCACGGUUACCUAAUCUCCAACAUCUUUCAGUCAGUGCAAACAAGUUGAAUCUUGGUCCUCAUCCAACACUCAAGAGACACUUCCACCACGAGAUACAUUCCUAUCAUUGA